GGAGUAGAAACCAGAGACUUUACGAACGCGCCUGCAUACGGGUCUUUAUCGGGAUAUGUGUUGUCGUCACCCAUUCUCAGCCAUCUUGUUGAAACGGAGAGAGCCACACACCUCGAAUAUAAACCCUGUGCUGUCAGUAAAAGCAGAGAAGUUCUAGAAAGAAUGGCAGAAACUCAGACACUCAACUUCGGACCAGAAUGGCUCCGGGCCCUGUCUGGGGGUGGCCAUGGGGGUGGUAGCAGCAGUAGCGUUGCCACCUCACCACCACUCUCUCCUGCAUUGCCAAAGUAUAAACUUGCGGACUACCGCUACGGGAGAGAAGAAAUGCUAGCACUUUAUGUCAAGGAUAGGGAGAUCCCUGUAGACCUACAUGAUAAGGAUUUUCUGCCCAUUUUACAAGAGGAGCCCCUGCCACCGCUGGCACUUGUAGCUUUUACAGAGGAAGAGCAGAGAAAUUUCUCCAUGUCUGUAAACAGUGCAGCGGUGCUCAGGCUGAUGGGAAGAGGAGGGGGCCCGGUGGGGCCAGGGGCACCGAGGGGUCGAAGCACUUCACGGGGAAGAGGACGGGGUAGAGGAGAUGGAGGGUUUUACCAAAGAAGUUUUGAUGACGUGGAGGGAGGCUUUGGCCGCGGAGGCAGGGAGAUGCACCGCUCCCAAAGCUGGGAGGAGAGUCACGCUGAGUCUAUUUUCUCCCCAUCUAGGGGAGACAGAAGGUUUGAAAAGCCAGGUCGAAAAGAGUCAGAAGUUGCUCCUGCCCACUUUCCGAUGAAUCAUAUCCGUGCUAACUACGAGGAUGUUGGGACCGGCGUGGGAGGCCUGCCUGUGAGGAAGCACGAUUUUACACGUUCGGAGAGCGAGAACUGGCGCACGUCCCGCGACGAAGCAAAUGGUGAGGACGGUGACGAGGGGGGCUGGCGCCUGGCGGGUGCCUCGCGACGUGACAGCGACCGGUGGUGCCCCCCGAGUCCAGACGGGCUGCGGUCGGCAGUGCGGCGAGAGGUGCACCCGGGGGAGCAGCCACGGCAGCGCCGGUUCCCGUUCGACGCCAGAGAGGACGAGCGCGGCUACAGGCGUCCCCGGUCAGGCAGUGGCAGCCUGGAGGAGGAUGGGAGCAGCCUGCCAGAGUGGUGCUUGGAGGACGCUGAGGAGGAGACUGGCACCUUCGAUUCGUCCGGAGCCUUCCUCUCGCUCAAGGUUCGAAAAGCUCCCAAGGAGCCUAUCUUGGAGGAGGCAGAGCUGGACUUCAGACCCCUGGAGGAGUGUGACGAGGGCCUUGAGGAGGACGGACAGCCCCGGGAGACCAAAAACCCAGACAGAGAGGCAAGAAGAGACCCCGACAGAAAACAGGAUGUGGGAAGAGGGGUAGUAGAGGCGCCGCCUGCUCCCUCGCCUCCAGAACCCCAGCCCUCCGCCCCUCUGCUGCCCCCCAGCCAGCCCGACAGAGCAGAGGAGCCUGAGAGGCCACUUGAGCGACCCCCAGCCCCGGAACACAGGCCAGAGGCCAACAAAGUCCCCCUGAACGUCCCCAUGUCGAUGCCCAUGUCCAACACAAUGCUGGACUCCCUCCCCAUCCCCCACACCGCAGCACACACUCUCACAGUGUCUCCAGUGUCGGCCCCGUCGUCCACCAUACAGAUGCAGCAGAAGCCGCCGGACGUGCCCGUGGCUAUGCCCGUCCCGCUGCCCUUCAGCACCAGCCUCAUGGCUCAGAGCACGUCUAUCAUGACCCCCAACAUUAUGGCCCCCAGCACGGGCCUCAUGGCUCCUAUUGGAAGGCCCACGGUCAUGCCGCCACACCACACCAUGGUUGAAGAUGAGAGACUGAAGCACUUUGAACAGGAAGCAGAGAAGAUGGUGGCGUAUCUACAGGACAGUGACGACCGGCUGGCUGCCAAGAACUCAGCACCCGAACCAGCCGGCCUGCCGCUCACACACGAGGCUGCUCUGAAGUGGUUCUAUAAAGACCCCCAGGGAGAGAUGCAGGGUCCGUUCAGUAACCCGGAGAUGACAGAGUGGUUCCAGGCAGGCUACUUCACAAUGACCCUGCUGGUGAAGAGAGGCUGUGACGAGGUCUUCCAACCGCUGGGGGAGAUCAUCAAAAUGUGGGGCAGGGUCCCCUUCGCCCCUGGACCAGCACCGCCACCCUUACUGGGUGACGCUGGGGACCAGGAGCGUCUGAAACUGCAGCAGGAGCUGACUGCCCUCAACCUGUACCAGCUGCAGCAGCUGCAGUACCAGUACCUGUUGAGGCAGCAGUACGCCCAGGCCCUGGCCCAGCAGAAAGCCCAGGCCCUCAGCUCAGCACCACACCAGCAGCAGCAGCAGCAGCAGCAGCAGAUCAACCUGCUCCUCCAGCAAUACCAGGCCCUCAAGAUGAGGUCAGCGGAACACACAACAUCCGAAAGUCUCUUAACUCCGGUGACGCGGUCCAUGUCUGUACCAGAGUCCCAGGGUUCUGUGUGGGAAAUGCAGCACCCCUCUCAGGUCUCUUGCACACCAAACAUCCAGCAACCUGCCCCAAGCGCGUGGGAGGGCAGCAGUGUGUGGGAUCUGCCCAUAGACUCCAUGGCCCAGGCCCCCACCAUAGAACAGAUGCAACAGCUGGAGAAGAACAAGGCUGCUAAGGUCUCUCCUCCUCAUCUACUGGAGAUGGAGCGGUGUGAGGCUGAGCUGAGGGCCAAGAGGGAAGAGGAGGAGAAGGAGAGGAAAAGACUGGAGGAAGCGUUACGGUCCCGACAGGAGGCGGAACGCAAACGCCUGGAGGAGGAGCUAUCACGUCAUAAACAGGAGGAGGAGUUGAGGCAGCGGGAGCAGGAGGAGGCACAGCGCAGACAGAAGGAGGAAGAGGAACGGCAGGCACAGGAGGAGGCUCUCCGCAGACUAGAGGAAAGGAGGAGGGAGGAGGAAGAGCGGCAGCAAAGGGAAGAGUUCCUCCAUAAACAGGAGGAGGAGCGCCGGAAGCAGGAGGAGGAGCACCGGGAGGAGGAGCGCCGGAAGCAGGAGGAGGAGCGCCGGGAGGAGGAGCGCCGGAAGCAGGAGGAGGAGCGCCGGAAGCAGGAGGAGCUGGAGGCCCUGAGGAGGUGCGAGGAGGAGAAGCGGCUGGAGGAGGAGGCGGUGGCGGCCGCGAUGGCGUUGGCAAGGCAACAGCAGGAGGAGGCGAAGAGGAGGGAGCAGGAGGCCGCGAGGCAGCAGGAGCUAGCCAGACAGAGGCAGCAGCAGCAGGAGGCGCUCCGCCGACUACAGCAGCAACAGCAGCAGCAACAGCUAGCCCAGAUGAAGCUGCCGUCGUCCUCUAAGUGGGGCCAGCAGUCAGCAGUCACGGCAGCAGCCAUCUCCCAGUCCCAGAACGCCUUGUCGCUCUCUGAGAUCCAGAAAGUGGAGGAGGAGAGGGAACGACAAGCACGAGAAGAGCAGCGGCGCCAGCAAGCAGAGCUCCUAAAGCUCCAGCAGCAGCAGGCCCUGCAGGAGGCCCUGCAGCCUCAGGCCAAGCUCUCUGGUUGGGGCAGCGUGGCCAAGCAGCCGGCCGCCACCAAGUCCCUGCUGGAGAUCCAGCGGGAGGAGGCCCAGCAGGUGAAGCAGAGGAAAGAGCAGGGGGGUGGGAGCCAGCAGCCCAGUCACCCCACCGUCACCCAGCCGAACCGCUCCCAGAACAGAGCUACCACUGCUCUGAGUUCCUCAGUGUGGGGCUCGGUGGCCACCAGCAGCAUGGGCGGCGGGGCGCCUAACUGGGGCGGAGAAAGCAGCAGCAUCUGGGGCGACAGCACCAACUCCAACAUGGGCUUCUGGGACGAGACGGCCCAGCCCCCGCCACAGGCCCCACCCCCCGCCAGGAAGCCCAACGCUCAGAAGAACAACAAGGCCAACGCCAACCUCAGCAGUCGGGCCAAUAAGAAGGUGGAGGAGGAGGAGAAGCUGCUGAAGUUGUUCCAGGGGGUUAAUAAGAGCCAGCAGGAUGGCUUCAUGCAGUGGUGUGAGCAGACCCUGCACACCCUCAACACCGCCAACAACCUGGACGUCCCGACAUUUGCGUCUUUCCUGAAGGAGGUGGACAGUCCGUACGAGGUGCACGACUACGUGCGCGCCUACUUGGGGGACACGUCUGAGGCUAAGGAGUUUGCCAAGCAGUUCCUGGAACGCCGUGCCAAGCAGAAGGCCAACCAACAGAAAGAGCCCCAGGCCCCACAGAACCAGCAGCCGACUCUCAAACAGCGACAGCAACAGCAGGAUUCAGUGUGGGGCGGGACGGGCUCUCCGUCCCGGUACCAGUCUAACCACACAAGCCUCCAGCAGCAGGCACGUUUCGAGACCGUCACCUCAGGGAAGAAGAAGAAAAAGCAGAAGAUGGUCCGGGCAGACCCCAGCCUGCUAGGUUUUUCUGUGAACGCGGCGUCUGAGAGGUUGAAUAUGGGCGAGAUAGAGACGGUGGAGGACUUUUAAAGGGACUGCUCUGCCGCCACUGACUCAAUCCGUUUUGAACAGCUGUCAUUUUCCCCGCCCACACGUCCCGCCCCCCACCUCCCCGUCCCAAUCCUUUUACUUUUUAUUUUUGAAAAUGCAUCCUCUUUCUGUUCUCUAAGUUAAUUUAAUGUUUGUCAUUGGAAGCUGGGGAUGCUUUCCAGUGCCAAAGGGCCCCCACCCCAAAAAUCCCUAAUGAGUAUUUUGCCCUAUGGGAGACCGGGAGAAGGCUAAUGACGCAGCCAGACAAUCAAACGGAACAUUCACAUUCACGCAAUGAAACAUUGAACGAACUGACCAAAAAAAAUCUAUGAAUUGAAAUCUGACUUCUCUCUGAGAAGAAAGCAGAGCUAAGGGGAUGAGGAGGAUGUGGAUAUUUCUCCCUGUCUAUGGUUGGCUGUUCAGUUCCCUCCUAGUCUCUGGUGUCUGAAAGUACCCAAAAAGAGAGUCCAUUUCCUGAUGCAAUCAUCUCCCCAUGGAAUUAUUUUACGCGUGGACAUAAGGGUGGGGAUGCGGGGGGAUUUUCGAUGAAAAAAAUAGUCAUUUAAACCUUUUUUCUUUUAUUUUUUUAUUUAUUGAAAGUUUUUCCUCCCCCUUCCCUUUUGUUAAAUCUUCUCUCCUCACUCCUGUUUUCUGCCAGUUGUUUGUGGAUGAUGGUUGCAUUGUAGGAGCUAAGGAUGUGUGCCCGCUGAUGUCCUGUUUUAAGGACAUGCUCGAAAGUUCCAAGUAGUUAUCCAUUUCUUGUAAAAUACUAGGCUGUUUAAAGAAUAAACUUUCAAUUCUGCAUCUGUAUUAUAAUAUAUGAAAAUGAUGAACUACUGGAGUCAUACUUUUCUAUUGCGGUAUGAAAUAAAACAGUCUCUUGUGUGGGCUGUUCACACUUC